AUGAAACAGGUUGAAUUGCGGAUAAACACUGAUGGAAUAGUGAAAGCAUUCGAAGCCGUAAAAAGAAAGUACAACAUAACCGGAGGCAUGCCAAACAUCAAUACAAUGAAAUACUUGAGCGUACUGAAGGACAUAUUCAGCGAGAACCUUGAGCUAGAAAGCGUGCACAGCGACGAAGAAAAGAAAGACAUUCUAGACAUAGUUACGAACAGCAUCUAUCUGUACUUUAUCGAUAUCAACUGCGGAAUGUUUAAUCUAUAUAACCUGCACUUUGCGCCAUAUCGCAGCGACAUAAACGCAGUUAAAUCCUCCUGCAUUAACAUAGCCAACGAUGUCAUAAACCCAAACCCGUUCAUAUACAGCUCCACCCACGGAAUCUGUAGAACAGACAGCGCGCUCGGCAAUGCCAGCGAAGACACGAGCCCUCGGACAUGCACUCUGGAGAUUGACGAUGCAGCCUUUUCAGGCCUGAAAGGUCUCCUCCGGUUUACUUCAGAGAGCCUGGACAGACACCUCUCCAUAAGCUACAUAUUCAGCCUACUGGCCUCGGAGGGCAUGGAUAUCAUAAAAGACUUCUCUCCCGUAGAAAGAUACUACACGCUGCGCCAGCUGUACACCAUCAGAGAAAAAGAGAGCGGAGCACCGCUGGUGGACUACGGGCUGAAGGUUUUGCACAGAAAGUAUCACAAAAUUGCUGACCUGAUUGAGAAAAUUAAAGAAAGAGAAAAUAGUGCUAACAAUGAGCUGGACAUAACCGGGGAAAUCACUGAGAUAUUCGCUCCUGGGGAGCUAGAAGUAGUCAUCUCUAUCAGCGAGAAUCUAGCAAUGAUCGACGGAGAGAAAAGAACACACAGCCAGAUUCUCAGCGCGCUGGAGUACAUGGCAAAGAACACUGCAAUACUGAAAGAAAGAGACAAUGGGCCAAACACUCUGAAGAUAAAGCCUGAUCUAAGCAAUUUCUAUAGAAACUAUGUAGCUGACGGGAGCAUAGAGAGAAUAGCACACGAAAGAAAAAACAAUCUGAGUGCAGAAAUAAAAAGGAAAAAAGAGGCUCUAGAAAAAGAAAAAAUAAGCUAUGAUCUAGCAAAAGAACAGAAGAGCGAAGAGGAAAGAGAAAGCAUGAGGAGUUCUAUCCGCAAGCUGGAAGAGGAUGUGUAUUUUCUGGAGUUUGACGAAAGAAAAGAGGACGUACGGCUUAGAAACAUGAAGGAGCUGUUUCGCAGCUUGCUAUACUAUCUGCCCGAAAUAGCCCCAUUCCAGCGCGAAUACAUGCUCAAAAAGAUAAAAGAAUUUGCAAAGGCACUGAACGUAGAGGUCGAACUAGCAGACGGAGUGAAUAAAAUGGUUAAAGAAGUAGAGAUAGUCAAAGCACCAGAAGAACACCAAGUGCUGCAAAUGAAUAAAGCACCAGAAGAACACCAAGUGCUGCAAAUAGAUGAAGCACCUAAAGAAAUAGAAUCUCUCUCAAUAAAACCAAAGGCCAAAAAAGGUAUGUUUAGAGUAUUAGCACCCUGCGUUGCUCUUGUAGCAGCACCUGUGUUGUUUUUCAGCCACCACUCAAAAAGUAAAACAAAGAAUGCUACUAGAAACAGUAAUUUUGAGCUGUGA